GCGGAUCCGGCCUGUGGCGGCCAUGGCGCGGGAGAAGCCGGAGGCGGCGGCCGAGGCGGAGGCGACCCCGGAGCUCUCGUACCGGGAGCAGCUCGACUUCCUGAACCCCAUCGCGCAGCCGCUCGCGUCCCGCAAGCUCACCCGAAAGCUGCUCAAGUGCAUCAGGAAAGCGACCAAGCACAAGCAGCUCCGCCGCGGCGUGAAGGAGGUGCAGAAGUUCAUCAACAAGGGCGAGAAGGGGAUCACGGUGCUGGCCGGGGACACGCUGCCCAUCGAUGUGUACUGCCACAUCCCCAUCAUGUGCGAGGACAGGAGCCUCCCGUACGCGUACGUCCCUUCCAAAACGGACCUGGGAGCUGCAGCCGGCUCCAAGCGCCCGACCUGUGUCAUCCUGAUCAAGCCCCACGAGGAGUACCAGGAGGCCUACGACGAGUGCCUGGAGGAGGUGUCGGCCCUUCCCCUGCCGCUGUGAGAGCCGGGGCCGCACGGCUGUUUCUGGGGACUCUGCCCAGAGGACUGAUGGGGGGAUGCUGAGCGCUGUGGGGUCAAUAAAGGUGUCUGCGGGUUUGUA